AUGGCGGCAGCAAAAUGGCUCCAGGGAAUGGAGAAGAUCUUCAGGGUGAUGAGAUGCCCUGAUGCAAUGAAGUUGGUCUACUCCGUGUAUAUGCUGGAAGAGGAAGCUGAGGAUUGGUGGACCAAUACAGUGCAGCCCUUAGAAGCUGAAGGCCGGGAAAUCACCUGGCGGUUGUUCGAGACGUUAUUCUUGGACAACUACUUCCCUAGGGAGGCUAGGGAGCAGAAGCAGAACGAGUACAAUGAUCUAAAGUUAGGGUCGAUGUCAAUUGACCAAUAUUUUGCUAAAUUCAACGAAUUGAUGUCUAAUUGUGAUAUCCGAGAGUUUAGCAAGUUUGUGAACCAAUGCCGGAAAGUAGAAGAAGUUUAUAAUGUGGCAAAGAGCAAGAAGUCUUAUGGGACACAAGCGUCAGGUGCUAGUGGAGCAACUGACUCUACUUUAGAAAAGAAUAAGAAAAUAGAUGACAAGAAUGGAAAGAAGAAAUUGCAAGCGAAGCAAUCUGAUGAUAAAUUUAAGAGAAAAGGCAACCAAGGAGAGACAGUUGUGAGUGAAUUCCCCCUGUCUAAAUGUGACACCUGCGGGAAGACACAUAGAGGCACAUGUUGGUACGAAACAAAGUCGUGCUUCAAAUGUGGCCAACUGGGUCACUUUGCUAAUGUAUGUCCUACUAGGACUGAUCGGAUUUCAAAUGUACACGCAAUUGUUGGAUCUUGA